AGUAAAUAGUACAUGACAUUGUCAACAAUUUAGCAAUGUUGGUCGUUAUUGUUGACAACCAAAUUAUCGUAUAUACAUUUUUAUAAUAUUAUAUUUUUUAUACACGGCGAUACCGAUGGCAAGGACCACACGACAGAUCCUCGACUUAACUCUAGGUGUUUCAAAAAAGCUCCGGUAUGCUGGUGCUACAUCAUGGCAAUACUUGAAAGUUGAAGCAGUACCACCAUUGACACAGGCUCUCUUUAAUGGAGCACCUGGACAGAAAUUGGAAAGCAUUGUUGGUAAUUUGGCAAACACUAUUAUAAACGGAAUAGAAAAUAAAAUCAAACAAAUAGACGCUGAGGCUGAAAGAAAGAAACGUGAGAUUGCAGCAGCGAUAAAAGCACGCGAAGAGAAAGCUAAAGCUGAGGCACAAAAGAAAGAAGCUGAACGGCUCAAAGCUCAAGCUAAAAAGGCGGCUGAAGCGGUUAAAAAGGCUAAAGAACAAGCCGAAAAGACGAAAGGUGAGGAAGCAAAAGCAAAACCAAAAGCAAAAGCAAAACCACAGAAAAAGGCUAAAACGGAAGCAAAACCCAAACCCAAACCAAAGAAGGGAGGAAAGAAAAAGUAGCCAUGGACGAGACAAAGCUAACUCAAUACUUUACCACAUAAAUCGAUUUUUUUAGUAAUGUCAUUUACAAUUUGAAACUGUAUUGUUUUAAGUAGAUACAGAAGUGCCUACGUGAAAAUGUUGUUUAAUGUAAUAUUAGGCUGAGCUACCUAACUAGAUGUUGGUCUCCGAUGUGAGGUUUCGUUUUUUUCGCGGUUCUUGAUAAUCACUCGCCUAUUACCAGCUCAAUGAAUCUAUACCAUAUUUUUAUUUUAUUUUUUUAUCUUUUUUUAUUUAUAUUUAUACUAAUAUAUAAAUGUGAAGAGUU